AUGUUUUCCUCUCCAUUCCAGAGCCUCUGCAGUGAAGGGCGAGCCAAGCUCAGCCUCACUCUGAUCACCAUAGCCGUCACUCUGGUCAACAUACCCAACUUUUUCUACUACACGCCCGCUACUUCGGACAGCAGUAACGGUGGCUACACGGAAAGCUACAACAGCACCAACGGUGGCUACAUGGGACGUUACAACAGCACCAACGAAACGACAGCCAGGAUGACAAGUGAGAAACAGCCAGGCUACAGGCUGUCUGGGUUUGGUGGCAGUCAGAUGGGAUUCACGUAUGAGUUCUGGAUUCACUGCAUCGCUGUUCUACUGGUGCCUUGGUUCUCUGUGUUCUACAUGAACGUGAUGAUCAUAUUUCAGAUCACACGGGCUAACAAACAAAUGGCGGAUAAAAAGACAGCCCAUUCCAUGGAGAGAAGCAAGAAGUCAGAAAACCAGAUCACACGAAUUCUGCUCAGCGCCACUUUUUCUUUUAUCUUCUUCAUGGGAGUCCAGUGCGUGGCCCAGUGCUACUGGAUGCAGAAACCACAACGUGCUGAUUGGCGUAUUGUGUCAUCUGCUUUUGCCUUUGGCAAGACCGGCAUAGUUUUUACUUCAGCUUUAAACUUUAUCUUCUACUGCCUUACUGGCAGGCGGUUCCGCAAUGAACUCCUCAAGACUUUAGGGUUCUCCAGCAAAUCUUUGAAAUAUUCCAGCCAGUCUGACUCGCCUACCUCCAGUACACAACACACUAAUGUCCCAACUGAUUGA